AUGGCGCUCUCCGCGGGGCCCCUCAAGGUCUGCAUUGUGGGCUCGGGAAACUGGGGUUCUGCAGUUGCCAAAAUAAUAGGCAAUAACGUAAAACGAUUGCAAAAAUUUGCUUCUACAGUGAAGAUGUGGGUCUUCGAGGAGAAUAUUAACGGGAGAAAACUGACAGAUAUCAUAAACAAUGAACAUGAAAAUGUAAAGUAUCUCCCUGGAUACAAGCUUCCAGAUAACGUGGUUGCUGUCCCAAACCUUAAUGAAGCAGUACAAGAUGCAGACUUGCUGGUUUUUGUCAUUCCUCAUCAAUUCAUUCAUAAAGUCUGCGAUCAAAUCACAGGACGAGUGCCUAAGAAAGCGCUCGGUAUAACUCUGAUAAAGGGAAUAGAUGAAGGCCCGGAGGGACUUAAACUGAUCUCUGACAUUAUUCGAGAGAAGAUGGGAAUAGACAUCAGUGUGCUGAUGGGAGCUAACAUUGCCAAUGAAGUGGCAGCAGAGAAAUUCUGUGAAACUACAAUAGGCAGCAAAAUCUUGGAAAAUGGCCUUCUCUUCAAAGAACUCCUGCAAACUCCAAACUUCAGGAUAACUGUAGUAGACGAUGCAGAUACUGUUGAGCUCUGUGGUGCUUUGAAGAACAUAGUAGCAGUAGGCGCUGGGUUCUGUGAUGGCCUUCGCUGUGGUGAUAAUACCAAAGCUGCUGUUAUUCGCCUUGGCCUAAUGGAGAUGAUUGCCUUUGCCAGAAUUUUUUGCAAAGGGCAGGUGUCUACUGCCACUUUCCUGGAGAGCUGUGGAGUGGCUGAUCUCAUCACAACGUGCUAUGGUGGCCGGAAUCGACGCGUAGCAGAAGCAUUUGUUAAAACUGGAAAGUCUAUUGAAGAAUUGGAGCAGGAAAUGUUGAAUGGUCAGAAACUGCAAGGACCACAAACUUCUGCAGAGGUGUAUCGCAUCCUGAAGCAGAAAGGAAUGCUGGAAAAGUUUCCUCUAUUCACUGCUGUGUAUCAAAUCUGCUAUGAAGGGAAGCCUGUCAGAGAGAUGAUAUCCUGCCUUCAAAGUCAUCCAGAGCAUAUAUAA